CCAGAAGUAAUCAUGUUUAAAACUGAAGUCAUUACAUAUUUUAUAAAAAUAUAAAUUUAUGUUAAAAUAUCUAAAUGUGUAUGUCUUCCCCGUCCAUCGAACGGGUCUAACACCUAGUUCAAUUAAUAACAGAUGUUGAUUGUUGCAACUCUACUGAACCCUGAUCAUAUCCAACGACAUUAAAUACAAUCCUCUUUUCGGCAAAAGUACUGUUUUUUUUUUUUUCAUUAUUUACAUCAGCAUUUCAACAUCAAAAAAUGGAUUUGCUAAACACUGCUCUGAUGAGCUUAAAAACGUGUCAAAAUACUGUACACAAAAUAAUCUUAACAUCAGAAUUCAAGGAUGAUAUUGCUUUCUUGCAUUUAUCAUGUGCCAAAAAAACUAAAAAAGAUGAGAUCUUUGUUAAGAAUGUUUUGAGAUUUUCCUUCUUGCCAUGAGGACACCAUGACCAAUAAUUAAUGCAGGAAAUAUGCAAUUGCUGCAAAAGCAUCAUCACUACUCCACCUUCUUCUUGCUGUUUUCAGCUCUAAUUUUAGGCCCUUUACUUCUUCCUUUGGUGAUUCUUGCAUUAAUCUUCCUGUUUCUGGCAUUAGUCCUACUCUCUCCAGCUCUCUGUAUCUUCUUCUUAGACUUAAUGUUGUUCAAGUCAUUUUUCAAGUAUCAUGGCAAAAUCCCACCUCAAAAUGAUCAAAAUCAGGAAGAGUUUAAACAGCCGCCGGUUUGCCUGGAGAUUGAUCCAUCUGAACUCAAAGACUUGGACCCUUCUUAUGAGUCAGAGGACUGUAAAAACGGGAUACCAGAAUCACAACACUUGAGAAGGCAUAUUGAGUUGUGGGAAACCUGGAACCCACAAUCAGCUGUUGUUGUUCACGAAAGGAAAUCGUUCAAAGAAUUGAUGUCGUUCUGGAAAAGACAAGAGACACUUACUAAACAGAGAUAACAACUACAGAGUAAAAAGGUUGGAUCUUUCUCCUACCUAAACACAUUGUUAUUACCUGUUUUGAGCAGUAAAAAAAGCCUGAUAGGCGAUUUGUUAUAAGACUCCAAGAAGGAUAACUAAGUAGAAUGUUCUUUUAUUGAUUAGUGUUGUGACAAAUCAGCUUCAUACAGCUUAUAUAUACAAUAAUUUUACGCAGAAACCGAAUCAUUUGAUAAGGUUUACAGCCCGGAAAUGUUUGGAUUCUGCAAAGAUAGAAUCAGCUAGCACUAGCAGGCCCUGAUGGAGGUCAUGAACAUCUUGAUCCUCGACGUGGGAAUACAUACAUACAUGAAGCUAAACCUACCUGGUUUGCCAGCUUGAGAAUCAGGUUGCAAAAUAUAGAAAUUUGACAAAACAGAGGAAAUGGAAAUCCAAUUUAACCAAAGUUAACUUUGUGGGCACUUGAGAAAUGCUUUGAAGCAGCUAUUAUGGUUGCAUCAGGAGUAGUAGCACAAGGCACUGCACCCUUUGAAGCCUUCUUCUUCUUCUUAUCAAUAGUAAUGUCAUUCUUCUCAGUUGAGGCUUUAGAGAUGCAGGAUCCAAACACUGCAGAGCACCAACUGUUUACCUUACAGCUCAUCUUUGCAACUGUUAAAAAACUUACAAAUCUUAGCUAAUUUUCUUCAAAAGUAUUAACUGUAAAUAGUUACUUACAACUCUCUUUCUUUCUUUUUUUUUUUCUUUUUGGUUGGGCUCGGAUUUCUUUGGAUAUUCGCUUAAUGUAUGAUCUGUUAGAACACUAGUAAAUUAGCCUUAUAUACUGCUAAGAAUUUCUUGGACACCAAGAUUUUUUGGACGUGUAACUCUUAGAAGAGCAUAAGGAAAUAUCCAAGCAAGCUAGUGACGAGUGAGGAGCAGCAAACAAAUGACCCUUUUGAUGUGUUUUUUUUUUUACCUUUAAUUACUUUGACCAAUUACCUUCACACAGAAAUUUGUUGUCGCUCAUGUUUCUUUCGAGGAAAAAUAUGUCCUACUUUUUCCAGUUUUUCCAGGGAUUGGAUGCUCUGAUUUAUGAAAGCUCUUUUGACCCUUUUCGCUGAGUGUGUGUGUGCGUGUUUAAUUUUCAUUAAUUAUCGUCCUUUUUACUAGCACUAUUUGUUUAGCCUUAAUAGAGAGAGCUAGCUACACAAAAUGAUUUGACUACACUGCUCCCCUCCGUACUUUGAACUUUCAACACUGCUCUAAUUUACCCGUUUUCGUCGUAACCUCUUUUAAUAUCAUUUUCCUCAAGGAAAAUGAUUCCAGUGCAAUGUGUCUUGAGAUUUUUCUGCCUUUGUUUUCCUCUUGUAAACUCUUUGUUUCCAUUAGGGUUAUUUGGUUUGUUCUAAACACUUUCUUUGACAUGGGGGAUAUGAUCUCUGAGUAUGCCUCGAGUUGUUGCAGAAGUUCAUUGUUUGGAAUGUUAGGCGAGGAGAUGUCAUCUAACCUCCGGUGACAAUGUACUUUCUCUGUGCUAAAAUUAUCUACUAAUUUGUAAAAUGAAAUGCAAAUUAGACAAUAGUUUUAAGACAGGAGAAAUAUAUAAUUUUGUAUAAUCGGUGGCCUUUUAGAUCAAUUAUACUGAGUGAGAUAAAAGUUUUGAUCAUAUAACAAUUUAUAACAUUCAUAAAAUGCACAUAAUGUAGUUCUAAAGUGUCGUUCCUCCUCAUUUGUAUUAAAAAGAAAAAAAGAAAAGAAAAACAACAACAAUAUAAUGAUUUGAAAGUACAAUUUCGCGAGUAUUAUAUUUCAAUAAUCAUUGACACUUAGACCUAGACAGGAUAAACAAUGUUUGAUUGUUGAAGCAAGACACGAUUUUUAUAUUCUUAAAAUAAACAUGUGCGUGUCUAUUGACUAAUUAAGCUCUACUUUUGUUGAGUUUUGUUCACGUACCUUCUUCCAAUGCGAAGACGACAAAUUUAUUAAUAAGUCAUCAAUUGACUAGUAGGGAUUGGACGCAAUUUAUUCAUAGAAGUAGAAAUAGUCAC